AUGCGCCCUUGCACAUAUACCAGCGUCAGCCAGAGCCAGGAUGGCAACAAAGAUAGUUCUACCAGUGCUGACUUAAACAAUACUAUGAUGACCACCGUCGUCUUAAACGGCAACGACGCUUUAAAUCUGCUCUCUGAGGCGGCCCAACGCGAAGAAAGAGAAGUCAAUGGUGCACGAGUGCCGGUGCCUAUUGAACAGCACGCUACUAACGCAGCUUCUACACCACUUUCAUCUAACGCUUAUUGCUUUGUGCGUAUGGGGUGGCUAUCAGCUCUAGAGAUCAACGUUGCACUGUUGUGUCUAAUUUUAGAUAAGGUCUACGCAGAGCGGUCGAACCACUACCUGUUAGUGACGCAUGAACCAGUCCUCACUUGUAUGAUACUGGUUAUAUCUUCUCGCUACCACACUUUGCCUACUAUCGGAGGGCAUUCAAGACGCUAUUUGAUCCACCAGAGACUAUGGGAUCACUUCCAGCACCUACUUAUACGCCUCGUAUUAGGAUUAGAGAAAUACUCCAAGGCUAAGACGCGGACGCUGGCUCUGUACGCGCCUCCACCUAGUGACAGCUGGGAUUCAGAUAUCUUGUUCACUGUGAAAGAUCGACGUGAUCAGGACGGGAGCACAGUUGACAGCCCUUCUAGGACACGAUGGCGAGAGGACGUGAUCGAACCGGCCAACAGAUCAGACCGGAUGUGUUGGAUGGUGCUCAGUUGCGUAUUACCUUUUGGCAAUGAACUCGGCAUAUUUGACGAACAAGACAAGCAUAAUAGCGCAAAUACAAGGCAGCGACAUACAAGACGCGCAUGGACUCCGUUUCUCACUGCGUGGACACGAUUGACUAAAAUCGUGAGGUCUAUAUCAGAUCUGCUCUUCCCUAACCCUACCACGACAUCUCAGAUCAUCCGCAGCGGUCGCUAUAUCAGCAUGACAGAGCAUAUCCAGACCUUACUCACCGCCUGUCUCCUUGUCCUCGAGUAUGAGAGUACGCGGAUGCACACGUAUUCUCUAGGACUUCAAGCCAUUUUAUUUCGCACCCUGGCUAAAUUAAGCAGCGCUGUCUUAGUCAUUAAUAGCACGCUAAAUACACUUAAGAUAGCUAUUAAGCUGUAUGACCUGAGUUUCCUACGGUUUUGCACGAUAAGGACCUUCCUGCACAUUACGACUGCUUCCAUAUUUCUCCUAAAAGGCCUUGGAUUGGGGGUCAGCCCGGCUAGGUUGCAAGGUGCACUAGAGGUCCUGACGCAAGUCAUAGUAGCGCUGAAGAACAGCAAUCCAGACGACCUCUAUCUAGGCGGCUGUUAUUCGAUGCUCCUCGAGAUGCACAUGAAAAGGCUACAGGAGCAUUUUAUGCCCUCGACUCGGCCGCACAACAUCACACCUCCGAAUUUUGAUCUUUCUCGGUUCCCAGGCCUCGCUGCCUCGCUGGAGGCGAAUCAUUUCGAACUCGUGGAUUUCCAGCAAGUGCCAGAAAUCGAUACGUCAGAUGCAAAUUGGCUCAGCUUGCCACUCGACUCAAGUCUCAUGUCAUUUGGCAUAGACAACUUUCAAGGUCUACAGUGCUUGGGUGAUGACACCUUGGACUUUAUAUGGAAUUUAGGAAUGUAG